AAAUGUAUUUAAAAAUGUUAGCUUCAUUGGUUUUAAUGGCGUUAUUGAUUUGCCCUAGACAAUGGGGCAAUAACCCAGCAGACAAAUAAUUGCGGCAAAACGAUAAAAACAUUUUGAACAAAAGAAAAGAAAGAUAGAGAACUUGUUAUCUCUCUCUCUCUUCCAAUGGAGAAUGUGAUCAUAAAGUUCAUGUUUUUAGGAUUCUGGGUUUAUGAUUCUGUUUAUGCCAUGGAUAGUCUCUUAUCUCCAAAGGGUGUUAACUAUGAAGUCGCUGCGUUGAUGUCAGUGAAGAACAAGAUGAAAGAUGAGAAAGAGGUUUUGUCUGGUUGGGAUAUAAACUCUGUUGAUCCUUGUACUUGGAACAUGGUUGGUUGCUCUGCUGAAGGUUUUGUCGUUUCUCUAGAGAUGGCUAGUAAAGGAUUAUCAGGGACAAUAUCAACAAAUAUUGGAGAGUUUACUCAUCUUCAUACAUUGUUACUGCAGAAUAACCAGUUAACCGGUCCAAUACCUUCAGAGUUAGGCCAACUCUCUGAGCUUAAGACUCUUGAUCUCUCUGGGAACCGGUUUAGUGGAAAAAUCCCAGCUUCUUUAGGGUUCCUAACUCACCUAAACUACUUGCGGCUCAGCAGAAACCUUUUAUCAGGGCGAAUCCCUCAGCUUGUUGCUGGCCUCUCAGGUCUUUCUUUCUUGGAUCUAUCUUUCAACAAUCUAAGUGGACCAACACCGCGUAUAUUAGCAAAAGACUAUAGGAUUGUAGGAAAUGCAUUCCUUUGUGGUUCAGCUUCCUUAGAGCUUUGCUCAGAUGCUGCUACACCUGUGAGGAAUGCAUCAGGGUUGUCUGAAAAGGACAAUAGCAAACAUCACAGCUUAGUACUCUCUUUUGCAUUUGGCAUUAUUGUCGCCUUCAUCGUCUCUCUAAUGUUUCUCUUCUUCUGGGUGCUUUGGCACCGAUCACGUCUCUCAAGAAGAUCAUAUGUGCAACAAGACUAUGAAUUUGAGAUAGGACAUCUGAAAAGGUUUAGUUUCCGCGAGAUACAAUCCGCGACAAGCAACUUCAGUCCAAAGAACAUUCUAGGACAAGGAGGAUUCGGGAUGGUUUACAAAGGCUACCUCCCAAAUGGAACUGUUGUAGCGGUUAAAAGGUUGAAAGAUCCGAACUAUACAGGAGAAGUUCAGUUCCAAACCGAAGUUGAGAUGAUCGGUUUAGCUGUUCAUCGUAAUCUUCUACGUCUCUUUGGUUUCUGCAUGACCACAGAAGAGAGAAUGCUCGUGUAUCCCUAUAUGCCUAAUGGAAGUGUCGCUGAUCGCUUGAGAGAUAGUUAUAGAGAUAAGCCGUCUCUGGAUUGGAACAGAAGGAUAUGCAUUGCACUUGGUGCAGCUCGAGGACUUGUUUACUUACACGAGCAAUGUAAUCCGAAGAUUAUUCAUAGAGACGUUAAAGCUGCAAAUAUACUACUUGAUGAGAGCUUUGAAGCCAUAGUUGGUGACUUUGGUUUAGCAAAGCUUUUAGACCAGAGAGAUUCACAUGUCACUACAGCGGUGAGAGGAACUAUUGGUCACAUUGCUCCUGAGUACCUUUCCACGGGACAGUCUUCAGAGAAGACCGAUGUUUUCGGAUUCGGGAUACUGAUUCUUGAACUGGUAACGGGUCAUAAGAUGAUUGAUCCAGUCAAUGGUCAGAUUCGAAAAGGAAUGAUAUUGAGUUGGGUAAGUCAAAAAGAUUUGAGUCCUUCUAUUACAUUCUUUGACUUGCAUAUGGCAUUGAAUCAAAGUGUUUUGGAUCAGGUAAGGACAUUGAAAGCUGAGAAGAGAUAUGCAGAGAUGGUGGACAGAGAUUUGAAGGGACAGUUUGAUGAUUUGGUGUUGGAGGAAGUUGUGGAGUUGGCUUUGCUAUGUACACUGCCAAAUCCGAGUUUAAGGCCGAGGAUGUCUGAAGUUUUGAAGGUUUUAGAAGGUUUAGUAGAACAAUAUGGUUAUGAGCAGACACAAAGUGGGUAUGAAGCUAGAGGUCCAAGUGUUUCUAGGAAUUAUAGUAAUGGUCAUGAAGAGAAUUCGUUUAUAAUUGAAGCUAUUGAGCUAUCUGGACCUCGAUGAGACUUAAAAGAAUUGACUAUAGCAAAAUAAGAAGAAGGGUAAUUCAUUGGGUUUUCCUAGUUUUGUUGUCAUUAUCCUUAUCUGUAAAUUAAUUUUGCUUUUAUUUGCAACUUUUUUUAAUUAUUUUGGUAUUUUUGUCUAAAUUGUUACAGCUAGGAGAACUUUGUUAUCUAAACAUGGUUUGCAUGAGAUAAUUUGUAGAUCUAACAUCA